AUGGCAGCCUUUACUAAACCCCGCGGCAGUGACCGCCCGCGGUACCGCACCGCGGCCCCGCUGCCUCCCGCCUCCUGGCCGGCACCCGGCACCGCCGAGCCGGGGAGCCGGCGGGCCACGGGCCGUCCCGGGCGGGGCCACGGGCGGCCGGAACUCCCUUCGCCUCCUCCCUGUUCCUGGAGCGUGGAUCCUCCUCAUUGGCCGAGGGCGCUGUCGCCCCAGCCCGCUCCAAGGCGCCGCUGCCCGCGUCCCUCACGGCUGUCCCUCACGGCCGCCCCUCUCCGCCCUCGUCGCCCCUUCGCUGCUCCUCCCUCAUGCCAUAUCCCUCACCUCUCAGCCUCCAGGACUUUCUUCUCCUCCCCACCUUUGCCAGCCACUCCCACCGUUCAUCUCCAUAUUCGCUCUUUUGCACCUGUUUCCUCUGCCCCUCCUUCUCCUUCCCAAAUACCACCUCGAUGCCUCCACGUUCCGGCCACUGUCUUAAAGCCUUUUUCUUCACAGCUAAUCCAAGAUGCUGCCUCUUUUCAAACGCUGCCUGCUUCUAUGUCCAUAGUGGCCAAACCAGUACUAACACUGCGAGCCGCGUGA